ACUCUAAAAAACAAAGCGGACUUUUUGAGCGGGAAUUGCACACUCCCGGGCCACCAUUAGCCAACGAAAAUCGUCUGUGAAUCAACGGAAAUAAUUUCUCAACUGACGGAAACAGUCCUGCAUGUUAAAAUCAUCUAGAACCUGAAAUUCAAUGUACAAUUAAUAGUCCUGUUUGAUAUAUAAGUUGAAUCAAAUCAGGAGACGUCAUUUCAAGUGCUUACAAACGUCAAUAGAACGCCAGUGGCAGAUAAAUAUGGCCGAGCAAGCAGAAACUGUUGAGAAUAUGGAAGAGGAAAAAUCAGUCACGAUGCUGGACGUCUUGCAGGAGGAGAAUCAGCUUGAGGAAGAUGCCAAUGCUGUCCUAGGGGCUUCCGAUGACAAGAAUUGUACUUACAGUGAGGGAUACAUCAGACAAGCUCUCUAUGCCUGCAAUACUUGCUGUCCUGGAGGCAAGGAACCUGCAGGGGUUUGUCUAGCCUGCAGCUUUCAUUGUCACGAAGGACACGAGCUGAUUGAACUCUACACAAAGAGACACUUCAGAUGUGACUGUGGAAAUUCCAAGUUCAAUGAAAAAAAAUGCAGUUUGGACCCAGCAAAGGCAAGUGUGAAUAAUGAGAAUCAGUACAACCAGAAUUUCACAGGCGUGUACUGCACCUGUUCGAGGCCAUAUCCAGAUCCCGAGGAUACGAGCAAUGACGAGAUGCUCCAGUGUGUCAUCUGCGAGGACUGGUAUCACUCGAAGCACCUGAACUGCAAGGAUGAGAUACCCGAGGGUAACUCGUAUGAAGAAAUCGUUUGCUCUGGAUGCAUGGAGAAACAUCACUACCUCUGGGGUUAUGCACUGCAAUAUUCUGUUAACAAGAGUUUUAAGAAGGAAGUGGAAGACGAGGUGGAGGAGACAGUUGAUAUCACGGGGCAGUCUUCUGAAUGUAAACUGCCAGAGAGUGGUGGGCAGAAGCCUGAGGGUUCGUGUUUCUGGGCUGAAGGGUGGAGAGCUGCUCUGUGUACCUGCAAUAGUUGCAAGAAGAUGUAUGAGGAGGGAGGCGUGUCUUUUCUGAUUGAUCCCUCUGACAGUGUUCAAGCCUAUGAGGAAGCUGGAAAAUUAGUACGUUCAGAAUCAGCAUAUGAGAGGGGAAUGAAGGCUCUCGCUUCUCUCGAUCAUGUUCAGCAAGUUAAUGCCAUUGAAGAGUACAACAAUAUGAAGGAUCACCUGAAGCAGUACCUGAAGAAAUUCGUGGAGAAUAAGAAAGUUGUUCGUGAAGAGGACAUUAAGGAAUUUUUCUCGGAAAUGUCGUCGAACAAACGCCCAAAAGUCACUGUUCCCACGUUCUGUCGUUAGUCACUCGGAGGUUCAGCUAUAUUUUUAUAUAAAUCCCUGAAACAUCGUCGCAACACUCGAAUCAAGAGAUCCGCAGGGUUAAUAUGCCCACGAAAAGUAGGAGCUUGUAAAAAAUUGAACUCUUCGAAUUAUAGAUAAUCACGAUGCAUUUUGAAAUAUUGAUAAAUAAAUGAGCUAAGUCGUUUUGUAAUAA